CUGAUGGGAAUAAGUUUGUAGAGAGGAAAAAGAGGAGGAGAGAGACAGAGGGAGGGCAACAGGACAACACGACUGAAAUAGAAGAAGAUGAGAGAUAAAUAUCUCAUGAAAAUCAGAGGGCUGCUAGACCUCCACAAUCACUGUCUCUAAUGAUGGUGGAGACACUGGAAGCAGCUGACCGCUGUAUCCAUUCCCACAACAACACCUGCAUGUUGAUGCCUAAUACUCCCAAGGCCAUGCUUAUCAAAACCCUGCUGUCCUGCAUCAAUCUGCUCACUGUGACACUCAACUUGUUGGUAGUCAUCUCUAUCUCCCACUUCAGGCACAGACACUUUUUUGAAAUGCAGCUCUACACCCCCACCAAUCUCAUCCUCCUCUCCCUGGCUGUGUCUGACUUGCUUGUGGGCCUUGCAGUGAUGCCACUUACAAUUUUUGCCCAGCAGUCCUGCAUGUUUUUUGAUAAAAUCACUUGCACUUUUUCCUACCUGAUGAGCUUCAUCCUCACCUCUGCCUCUGUUGGCAGCAUGGUGCUCACAUCAGUGGACCGCUACGUGGCUAUUUGUUACCCUCUGCACUAUUCUUCCAUGGUAACAACAAGCAGAGUUAAAAUCUGUGUGUCUGUGUGUUGGUUCUGUUCUGUUGUCUACAACCUUAUAUUACUGAAAGAACAUUUGUUACAAAUAGAUUUGUCUAAUUCCUGCUAUGAAGAAUGUGUAGUUAUCAUAAACUACAUUACAGGGGCUACAGACCUGGUUUUCACCUUUUUCAGCCCUGUUACUGUGAUCAUAAUUCUCUAUAUGAGAGUGUUUGUGGUGGCUGUGUCACAGGCACGUGUCAUGCGCUCUCAAAUUUCAGCUCUCAGAUCAAAUACUGUGACUGUUAAGAAAUCUGAGUUGAGAGCUGCAAGAACGAUUGGUAUUAUCCUUCUUGUGUUUAUACUGAGUCUCUGUCCAUACUAUAGUCCUUCCAUAACAGGACAGGACAUUACAGGAAGUAUAGAUUCAAUGGCUCAAUUUUGGCUGUUUUUUUGUAAUUCCACUUUUAAUCCUCUGAUCUAUGCCUUUUUCUAUCCCUGGUUUAGAAAAUCUGUUAAACUCAUCGUCAGCCUUCAGAUACUGCAGCCAGGUUCUCGUGAGGCCAAGUUAAUGUAGAGAUAAACAAUGUACUGAUAUACUAUAAUAUACAGAAUAUAAACGUACUUAUUUUAUGAGAGUAAAUGGAUGGGGAAUUAAAUUUAUCAGGUUUUGUCAAAGGUAGGACAAAGAAACUUAUCAGAGAUGUAAACCACCUUACUUUUGAAACAACCUUCCAGACAGUGACUGAUGUGAAGAGUUCUGGAUCUUUACAAAGAAAAACUUCCUUUUUCACCCUGAACUCAUAACAUAAUAUGUUAGGUAUUUUUCUGCUUGUAGUUCUAGUGCUGAAGGAUUUCUUUUGUUUCACUGUUUUACUGAGUUGGGGUAUAACCUCAAGAGAGAACCUGAAAUCUCUCAUUGAUUACUUUCUGUCCAUUAAUGGUACUCUGUGUUUUUUGUGUAUAUUCAAGAUUUCCUUUUGUGCAUGAGAAUAAAUGCUGCUUGAAAUAUAUUUUUGGGAUGCUCUAAAGCUUUACAUGUGGUAGACUCAGACCUUUUAUUUAACUCAGUUGGUACGAACAAAGAUUUUGUUUGUGUAAAAUUUAAAGCAAGAACCAAACAGAAAGUUUCACACAGGAAGAGUAUGAAGCAUAUUCUAUAACAACGUUAUUGUCACCCAGACGGGCUGCACCUUGUUGUAUGUUCCUUCACCAGAUUAAAAAAUUAACCCACAGUUGUUUCCUCUUACUCGCAGUGGACAAGUGUUGAGCUGCAAUGAUAAGAUGAUUUAAUGUAACGAUAGAAAAUUAUUCAUUAUUAAAAUUAUGCUGUUAUGAUUAAAACAUUAUCUUUGAAUUUGAGAUGUUUCUUAGAUGUAAUCAAUUUCAGCUUUAGACAGAAAAAAAACAAUUUUCUACACUUAAGUUUUCACAGAGGGUUGUUUUAAUGUUUCACAGAUUUUCUUUUAUUCCUUCCUUUCUGCGAUUGUUAAAAUAAAAGAUCUGUUCACAAAA